AUGAAAACGGAACACCAAUUGUAUUGUUUUCAGCCUGAUGGACUCAGCAGCACAGCUGCGACUGCUGCUAUGGAAAAAUUUUCUACAGCAAAUUCGCUCACCAUGGUUCACGUUUAUGGAAUUUUUCGUCCCACUGCUUCUUAUAGCUAUCAGUUUCGGCUUGAUGAUAGGGUGGAAUGUCCGUUUCUCAACGUUACAGUAGCAGACGGAGGAGUUUACCUAGAGAUCAAGCUGAUCUAUGCACCACUAACCGAUAUAACAACAAAUAUCAUGACGCUGGUACAGAAACGCAAUACGAUAUUCAUACGAAAUCUUUUCGAACUCCCAGGUUUGGUAAGUUUAGACCCAAAUGGAAUCGAUUCUCCCUCUAGUAUACUAUUACCAAAAUUUUUUCGAUCAAAGAUGAGUAUUAAAGGUUUCAAGACAGAGGAGGAGAUGGUGAACUAUGCGAAAGACUCCUUUUCAGAUCAGUGCUCGAACCCACUUCUAGCCGGCAUAACUUUUGGAGAUUCGAUAGCAGAGCGGUUAUCCAGCGAUGCAGAUCUUCAGUACACAAUUAGGCUCUCAAACACAAAUCGAGGAAGUAAAGGACCUAUGGGCAUAGAGAGCUAUCAGCCUUGGAACACAAAAUUCGUCUUUGCUAUCCAGGUCGACAGCGGUCCCAUAAACUCCGAAGAAACUGACGGUGGUUAUCCGGGCUAUUGGAAAGAAGGCUUCAUGACUGUGCAGAAAUCAAUCAAUAAUGCAAUUUACGAGAUAUUGACUGGAGAACAUAUUCCGCGUCUCAAUUUGAACUUUUUGAUUGGGCGGUUCCCCUAUCCUGCCUAUCAGUCGCAAAUUAUCGAAGUUGGAUCGUUUUUCCUACCAGUUAUCGUAAUCUUCUCCUAUAUGACUAGCGUCGUAUAUGUUGUGAGGAGUGUAGUCUGUGAGAAGGAAAGCCGAGUAAAGGAAUACAUGCGAGUAAUGGGUUUGAGCCAAUGGAUCUAUUGGGUUGGUCACUUUAUCAUGAACUACGUAAAGCUGUUAGUAUCAGUUAUCGUGUUGACAAUAUUGCUACAUUUCGUUACUGUCAAAUCAGAUGGCAGCAUUAUGUUCGUAUUUUUCUUACUCUAUGCAUUCAAUGCCCUUUAUUUUGCUUUUGCAAUCUCAACUUUCAUGCAAUCAGGAACCGCGGCCACAUUGAUGGCCGUUAUUGGUUGGAUGUUGCUUUAUUUUUGGCAUGCAAUGUUCAGUAUCUUUGAUAUGGAAGCACCGUACCCGCUCCGCGUCCGAUUGGUCAACUGCCUCAAUCCUGACAUCGCUAUGGCAUACGGUAUCCAGUUUCUAUCACAGUACGAAACACAAGCUGAUGGUCUUCACUGGGGCCGGCUCUUCACCCCGCCCACUCCGGAUCAGCGGCUUACCAUUGGUCAUUGCUUUGUGAUGCUGUUAGUAGAUGGUAUACUGUUGAUGUUAAUAACUUGGUAUGUAGAAGCAGUCUAUCCAGGAGGUGAAGGAGUGCCGCAAAAGCCAUGGUUCUUUUUACAGAAAUCCUACUGGUUCCCAUCCAGUCAAGCAAAAAGAAGCGAGGAUUCGGAAAAGUCGAUGGCGGAUGGAAAUGAGCGCAGUUUUGCGAAAAUUGAGCCGGAACCAAAUCUACGAGCAACCAUAAACGUCGUGAAUCUAUCGAAAACCUAUGGAACAUCAUUUUUCAAGAAGUUGAUUGACUGUCAGUUUGGCAAAUUAGGAGAGAAAAAAGCCGUUGACCGUUUGAAUUUGAAAAUGUAUUAUGGCCAAAUAACCGCUUUACUGGGACAUAAUGGAGCUGGGAAAAGUACAACGUUCAGCAUGCUGACAGGUGUGACUUCACCAUCAUCAGGCACAGCUUACAUUGAUGACUACGACAUUCGGACGAGUUUACCACAAGGCCGAUAUUAUCACGAAAAAGAAGCUGUAGAUAUUUUGACUCGGCUAAAAAUCGAAUUCAAAAUGCACGCAAGAGCGGGAACACUUUCUGGGGGGCAGAAGAGGAAACUUUCCUUAGCCAUAGCUUUGAUAGGAGGUUCUGAGAUAGUGAUGCUGGACGAACCAACUUCGGGUAUGGACCCGGGUGCUCGUCACGAAACCUGGACACUCUUGCAAGCCGAGAAGAGCCGUAGAACUAUUCUUUUGGCAACACAUUUCAUGGAAGAAGCUGAUUUGCUAGGAGACAGAAUAGCCAUUCUAGCUCAUGGGCAGCUGCAGUGCUGUGGUUCUGGAAUGUACCUAAAAGCGCAAUACGGUGACGGUUAUCAUCUAACAGUAGUCUAUGAAAACCUCUCAACUCUUCCCGAAAAGCAAGUGAACCAAACGAUGUACUUGCUACAACAGCAUGUGAGCGAUGUUCUACUUCAAUCUUUUGUUGGCCAGGAAGCUCAUUUCCUUAUCUCUGCCAAAUGCAGAUCACAAUUUUCAAAAAUGUUCGCAAACUUGGAGGCAAAACAAGCGUAUCUUGGCAUUUCGUCAUUUGGAAUGUCUGUAACAACAAUGGAAGAAGUGUUUUUGAAGGUCGGCAACAUUGCGCAAGAACGUUUCAAUCAAGAAAAUGCAGACGAAACAACAGAAGUCAAGGAAGCAGAUGAGAACGAUCCAAUGCUCAAAGUUAUAGAAUUAAAGGUCGACGAACAUCUAGAGGGUCUAUCGUACUAUUGGCAGCAUUUCGAAGCGAUGUUCAUCAAGCGGAUCAUAUACCUUUAUCGGAAAUGGAUAAUGUUCAUAAUGAACCUCAGCUUCCCGGCAAGAAAUCUAAUCAGUGACGUCAUUUAUUUUUGUAUCGAUCUAAUCGAUUUCAGAUAUUGUACAUGGCACUCAUGGUAUGGACCAUAA